GUCCCUCGGCUGGGUCCGGCCCGGCCUCUGCCCUCCGUUCCGGCUUUUCGGGCCCGGAGGGCGGCCCUGCUGCCGCCGCCAUGUCCCUGCACGGAAAGCGGAAGGAGAUCUACAAGUACGAGGCACCAUGGACGGUCUACGCCAUGAACUGGAGCGUGCGGCCCGACAAGCGCUUCCGCCUGGCGCUGGGCAGUUUUGUGGAGGAGUACAACAACAAGGUCCAGCUUGUAGGUUUAGAUGAGGAGAGUUCCGAAUUUAUUUGCAGAAAUACUUUUGACCAUCCUUACCCUACUACAAAGCUGAUGUGGAUUCCUGACACAAAGGGAGUCUACCCAGAUCUGUUGGCAACCAGUGGUGACUAUCUCCGUGUGUGGAGGGUUGGUGAAACAGAGACCAGACUAGAGUGUUUGCUAAACAAUAACAAGAACUCUGACUUCUGUGCUCCCUUGACCUCCUUUGACUGGAAUGAGGUAGAUCCUUAUCUCUUAGGUACCUCAAGCAUUGAUACAACCUGCACUAUCUGGGGUCUGGAGACUGGUCAGGUUCUAGGGAGAGUGAAUCUAGUAUCUGGCCAUGUGAAGACUCAGCUGAUAGCACAUGAUAAAGAGGUCUAUGACAUUGCAUUUAGUCGGGCCGGGGGCGGCAGGGACAUGUUUGCUUCAGUGGGUGCAGAUGGUUCUGUGCGGAUGUUUGAUCUCCGCCACCUGGAACACAGUACUAUCAUUUAUGAAGAUCCACAGCAUCACCCCCUGCUACGUCUCUGCUGGAACAAGCAAGACCCUAACUAUCUAGCCACAAUGGCCAUGGAUGGAAUGGAGGUGGUAAUUUUGGAUGUACGAGUUCCAUGCACUCCUGUUGCCAGGUUAAACAACCACCGAGCAUGUGUCAAUGGCAUUGCCUGGGCCCCACAUUCAUCUUGCCACAUCUGUACUGCAGCGGAUGACCAUCAGGCUCUCAUCUGGGAUAUCCAGCAAAUGCCCCGAGCCAUUGAGGACCCUAUCUUAGCCUACACGGCAGAAGGUGAAAUCAACAAUGUACAGUGGGCAUCAACUCAGCCUGACUGGAUAGCCAUCUGCUACAACAACUGUCUGGAGAUACUGAGAGUUUAAUGCUGUUGGGAGUCCAUGCCGAAGAGGCAGGGGCUAUGUUUUCUGCCCCAUCCCUAUCCCCAAAGUAAGAACAAGUUUCCAGUGGCCAGUAUGUCUUUUGUUGCUUUGCAUCCACUGUUCCCAGAAGCUGCUCUAGGAGUUUCUUGCCAGUCUCCCCGUUGCCUGUGCUGGACUCAGAACACAGUGAUGUGUGGAGCCUCCUUGGCCUCUGAGGUUGGGUUUCUUCUUCUCCCCUAUUCUCCCUUGUUUUCUCAAUUAAAAAUUUCUGUAUAUUUGUUUGUCAGCUGUUGUGUUAAUGAGCAUUAUAAGCACUAGCUGUGUUUGUGUUAAUCUACUGCAUAUAUCUGUAUCUGUCAGCUGCCUGAGGCAGCAAAUCCAGUUCACUUGUUAGCUCUUAAAUGGAAAGAAAAUAUCAAAUUUUGAAGGAGUCUCUCCUUUUGUCAUUUGCUGUCUUUAAUACAUUUCAAGUUUGUAUUUUUUUUAA